AUGUCUAAGAUUAUAUGCAUAUUUAUAGCAUCUUCACGCUACACUACGGUGCAUCUGACGGAGCACGAGAGCAAGGUGGAGGAGGCGGAGGAGAAGCUGGUAGCGGCGAGGGAGGAGGCGGCGCUGCAGGAGACGCAGGCGCGCGUGCUCGUCGCCGAGAUGACGAGGGCAUCGUCGCAGCUCGCCGCCGCCGAGAAGCGAACAAAAGAGCAGUCGGAUCGCAUCGCCGACCUGCAGCGGCGACUCAGAUCUGCGGAGAGCGAGCUGAGCGAGAGAGACUUCGACGCGACGGAGCUGCGAGCGGCUGCCGCGGAGAAGCAGGCACUUCUGCAGCAGCGAACCCUGCAGGUUCAGUGUUUGGAGCAACAGUUCAAGACUUUCCGCGUCAACAUGGAACAGCAAGCGUUGCAACUCAAUCAGCAUCUAGAGGGCGCCGUGCAGAAAGAACGCGCGAAGGACACACAGAUUCAGGAGCUGCAGCGGCAUCUCGACGCGUCUCAGCUCGAGACGCGAGACGUCGCCGCGAGACUCGGCGAGGCGAGGCAGAAGAGCGAGGUGGACGGUGCUGCCAUCUGUAAGCUCGUCUCCGACCUCGAGCGCAUCGUCGCGUUCCAGAAGGAUGAGGUCGCGACCUUGACCCGGGAGCUCGACGCAAAGACGCGCGCUGUCGCCGCGGAGACUGACACGUGGAGGGACAGCGAGCGACAGGUGAGAGAGAGGCUGCACGAAGCAUCCGUUAAGCUGGAGCAUGUUGAGGAGAGGGAGAGCACGCUGAGAACAGAGUUACAGCAGCUCGCUAACAUAUACAACAGGAAAGAGGCGGACGCAGAACGGAUGACGGACGAGAUCGGGGCGCUGCGAGUGAGGGAGGCAUCGCUCGCCACAGAGCUGGAGCAGCAGCAGAGGGAGUUGCAGCAGCAGCGCACGCAGCAUCAAUCUCAGGUGGCGUCGCUGCAGACUGAGUUGCGUCGUUGCGGGGAUGAGAGUCGCGAGAGUCGGGACGCGGCGAGCAGAGACAUUCGACAGCGGGAAAACAAGCUACAGGCACUGAUGACGCAGCUAAACGACUGCCAGAGGCAGCUGCAUGAAGCUAGAGUGACCAUACACUCGCAGGAGUCACGCAAUCGACAUCUCAGUGGCCAACUGAGGACGUAUGAAGAUGGCCAGUAUUUGUUUUCGCCCGAACAAGCGCUGCUGCAACACAGAACGUCGAGCGUGUACGACGAGCCGGAUACGCCAACGAAAUCCAUGUCGAAUCACUCUUCCAAGGCUGAAGACCGGAACAAGAUCUUCGACUAUCGCGUCAAGGAAAUCGACGAGUCUGGCUCCAGGAGGGUUUCGAUUGCAGGUGGCAGCACUGGUGAAAACCGUGACGAGUCGCAGACAUUCCAGGGCAUGUUGGAUAAAGUGUUGUUAGAGAUCGAUGGUCAUCAUCACACAUCGCAUAACCACACCGCAAGUUACCCGGCACAGAGAGACACCGACAGUAACUCCUCGUACUCUGUACAUCCUAACUGAUUCAUAUCGACAAUGUAUUUUUAUAUAUGUUCAUGAUUUUUGUAUUUAUAAACUACUGUAUAUAAAUUUUAUACGGAUCUCGUCGAAAAGGUUUCUUUGUACAUAAACUGAACGUGUUUUUAUUAAAUGUACUAGGUGAAGCCUGUAAAAUAAUAGAGCUUUUGAAGAUUGUAAUAAACUUUUUUUUAUUGUCAUAA